CAGUGCAGCUCGACAGUCCGCAACAGCAAAGCACUUCGUCUUUUACAGACAUGUCUUCCCAGGCCCAGGCAUGCAGUGUAUGUUCACUUCCAGCACAUAAAAUCGUUGUUGCCUGUGUCAGCAAGUUUCUGAUGUGCCAAAAUUAUCUCUGUGGACUUGGAAAUGUACAAACAUGUAGCAAAAGAGAUCAUGUCACCACCCUUAUUUUGAAAAAUCAAACUUGGUAGUUUCUUUUUCUCUCCUUGCUGGCUACCAGCAGCUGUUUGCCAGUUAUUAAUGAGCAACAAUCCAUUAGUAAACAAGCUUCAGUCAGGUUGAUCUCGAUCAUGGGGCUGUUCAGCCAGUUCCAAGUCUGUCUGGACUUAGGCACCAGUGUAAAGUGGAAGGAGAAACAGUCGAUUCGAAGUUGUGUGACUGACAAUGGUGGAAUCAUCUCCUUCAUAAUCACCAAGAAGACAACACACUUGGUCAUUUCCGAUGCCAGCAAAGCGGAGAGCUACAAGUCGCGCCAGGCCACCAAGUACAAGAUUCCUGUCGUCCAUGUGGACUUCCUGAGGGCAUGCGAGAGCGCUGGCAAGAUAGUGGACGCUAAUGACUACCUGCUUGCGGGCACUACGCCAAAGAAAGAGUUUGAAUCGGGGAAAAUUGCCGUGCCAAGAUCUGCGGAGAAGCCGAAAGCCGGUCCGUCUGUGAACCUGAACAGUGUCAAAGCAUGGCGUCUGAAUGAUUCGUCCGCGCCAGCAUUCAAUGAGCAGGCGUAUGCCGUUGCCCGUCACACAACGUUCAAGAGAACCGACAACCGUAGCCAAGUGACCACUUUUGCAGUUGUGGAGAUGCAUGUGCAGCCGGACUGUGAUGCAGUCAACGAGCAGAGUGCCUUGCAGCGAGUGACCUGCAGCCGCGGCAAGAUCAGCAAAGACCAGCAGAUCAUUGAGAGUGUGGAGGAGGUGCGCUACCCUGCAACGCUGCGCGACUGCCUGGCCGUGUAUGGGUUGUGGUGCAAGCAGGUCUCCGUCGGUCUUACCAAAGUUCCCUUUCUCAACUGCAAGGUUGGCUCGAAGAAGCUGCGGCAGAUGAAUGCCGAGCGCCAGUUUGCACGUGUGUCGGAGGAGGGCCUCUCUCAGUCAGUCGCAGAUCUGAUGUCCUACGUGUGGGGUGAUGCGUCGGGAGAACUUGACAAGGUCCUCUCCAAGCCCGUGUCAUCAGUGAAGAUAGACUCGGUUUCCACGGCCGAGUCAUGUCUGCUCAAGAUCCGUGACACGCUGCAGGGAAAAGCCCAUGAUGACAUCAGAGAACAGUGGACGCAAUUCUACGCUGCUCUUCCACACCAUGCUGAGCAUGCCGUUCCGAUCGACUCCCUGAAUGUGCUGAGUCGAAAGCAGGAUCUCUGUCAGCUCGUGCGGGACAUGAUCUCGGUGAACGAGGUCACCAACUGGUCGUCUCGCUCGUCAGCCCAGUCCAAGCUGCACGCACUGCGCUGUCAUGUUAGCAGUCUUGACAAGGGCAGUGACGAGUUUACCAAAAUUGACGACCUGGUAACUUCUACUGAUAUCAGGAAAUGUGGCAUUAAGGUGAGCGGCAUCUUCAAAGUUCAGCGGCCGACAGAGGAGGCAAACUUCGCUGAUCAGAUUCCAGCCAGAAGACUGCUAUUCCAUGCAUCUGAUCCAUCAAACUUUGUGGGAAUAUUAUCUCGUGGCUUGCUGAUGCCGAAACUCGUGGUGGACAGCCACGGGGGCAAGCGCACGGAUGCCGGAAUGCUGGGGAGUGGCAUCUACUUUGCAACUGAUUCAAGUACAAGUGCCCGGUAUUCUAAGACUGGCUCUCGCAAUCAAAGUCGGCUGAUGGUCGUUGCUGAUGUGGCUCUUGGCAACAGCUUGGAUACAAGCAAGAAGCGUCCUGAGCUGACACAAGCACCAGACGGCUACGACAGUGUUCAUGCCAUUACCGGGAAACAUGCAGGCUUCUCUGGUGAUCUUGGUUACAAUGAAGAUGAUGAUGAUACUGAUGAUGAUCAACCGUCAGCAUUCAAGGAUGAGGAGUACUGCAUCUACAGCAGCAAGCAGCAGCAGCUGCGGUAUCUAGUGGCCUUCUCCUUGCCCGACGAUGAAGACACAGAGCCAGUAUCCGCUGAUGAUGCUGGCGGGAAGGAAGCAGCUGCUGUCGAUGCCGAUGAUGAAGAUGACGAAUCUGCUGGUGAUGUUGUGAAACUGAGUGAUGUGAAGUCUAUAGUUGAUCCGCUGGCCAAGGUUGAGGCGGGUCUCCAGGCCGGUGGCAAGGCAGUGCCACUGCAGUCCGUACACGUCAGAGCCAAGCUGAUGGAUUUGGCGUCGCAGGUUGUUGUGCUGCAAGAGUACCACAACGAGGGCGAUGAACCCAUUGAAGCCAAGUACGUCUUUCCACUGGAUGACAUGGCAGCAGUUUGUGGAUUUGAAGCAUUCAUCAACGGCAAGCACAUUGUUGGCGAGGUGAAAGAGAAAGAGCAGGCACAUCGUGAGUACAAGGAGGCCAUUAGCAAAGGCCACGGUGCGUACCUGAUGGAUGAAGAAACACCGGAUGUGUUCACAGUGAGCGUCGGUAACUUACCACCCGCUGCUAAAGUGCUUAUCAAGAUCACCUAUGUAGCAGAGUUGGUGAUUGAGGACGAGGCGGUGUGCUUCUCUCUACCUGGUAGUGUGGCACCAUGGUCGCAGUCGGCAGCACUUCAGGAAGAAACACAGGACAAGGUGACUCGAGUAGAGAUUGACAGCAAAGCUGAACGGUCAUUCUCAGCACAGAUAUCUGUUGAGAUGCCGUUCGACAUUCGCAGCAUCAAGUCGCCCACUCACUCUCGCGAGAUAUCACUGAAGCAAACCGCAACCAAGGCCGUUAUUGAAUUGCCAGUCGGCAGCGAUCUGGGCACUGGAUUUCAGCUUCUGAUCCAGCUGGCCGAGAUCCACGUGCCGCGUAUGUGGGUGGAAGAGAGUGACGGCAAGACGGACUCACAGGCGUGUAUGCUAACGUUCUACCCUGAGUUUGAAGCGGAUCCAUCCAGCAUGAAUGAAGUGAUAAUUAUGCUUGACUGUUCAAACUCCAUGAAGGGUGACAAUAUGGUGCAAGCAAAGAAAGUGGCCUUGCUGUGCCUGGACCUUCUGCAAGACAAGUGGAGCUUCAACGUAGUGCGCUUUGGCUCAGACUAUGAAGAGCUGUUUGCAACAAGCCAGCGGAAGUCCAAGGACACAGUCAACCUAGCACAGAACUUCAUCCAGGCAUGUCGUCCAGGCAUGGGUGGAACCGAGGCAUUUCACCCGCUGCGCAGUCUCCAGCUGUCUUAUUGUAGCACCAGUACCAACAACACCUCCAAGCAGCAGCAACAAGCUCCGUGCAAUGUUUUCCUUGUCAGUGAUGGUCACGUGGCCGAAGAGUUGUCUCUGCUGACAACUGUGAAGCGUUCUGCCCGUCAGCUCAGAGUCUUUACCCUUGGUGUUGGACCUACAGUCAACCGACAUCUGAUGAGAAGCCUAGCCAAUGCUGGAGCGGGUUCAUGCGAAUUCUUCGACGGCAAAGCCAAAUCGAAGUGGGAGAGAAAGGUGCGCACACAAUUGGCAAAGUCUGGCCAGCCAGUACUGACGUCGGUGGCCGUCAAGUGGCGGCAGAGUGACGAUGAUGCAUCCAGUCCUGUUCAGGCCCCUCAGCAAAUCGUGUCACUUUUCAAUGGCUCUCGGCAAGUUGUCUAUGGCUUUGUGCCGUUCUGCAGAAUGGCCGAGCUUUGCGCUGAGAUUUGUGGCAUGGAGAUUACCACCAUGGUGUCCACAUCGGAGCUGGCAAUGACAAAGGGCAAGAUUCUUCAUCGCUUGGCAGCUCGUGCCGUGAUUCGGGACUGGGAAGAGGGAAUGCUCGAUGCCGAUGCUGUGAAGCAUGAAAUUGUGAAGAACGAGCGCAAGAACUACAUCAUUGACCUGAGCAAGGAGCAUUCCAUCGUUACACAGUUCACUAGCUUUGUAGCUGUGGAGGAGAGAACAAAGGAUGAAAAAUAUGAUGAGAAUGCAGGGCCAUCCAUUGAGGAGCUCGUGCUGGCCGAGAAUGUGGACAGCCUUGGCUACAUGGGAUGGGAGCAGACCAGCUGUGUCAAGCCAGUGCAUGCCAAGACCAGUGAGGAGAUAGUUGAGGAACUGGUGUCCAAAUAUUCACUGCUGGCUUCCGAUGACGCCAGUGGUGGGGAGGCUUGGAGUCAGACUUGCGCUUAUGCUGACCAGCACCUGUCAGCGACUCAUCCACUCCGCUUGCAGGCUGCGUUCCUCCAUGCCCUGUAUUUGAAGCGGUUUUGCGACCCUGAAGGCGCCCGCACUGUCGCGAGGAACGCAUUUGACGCCGGUAUAGGUGAGUUGGACACGCUAAACGAAACAUCCUACGAACAGUCAACAGUCAUCAUGCAGCAGUUGAGAGAUUUUCAGGACAGCUCAUCCAGAUGCUCCUCCCUUGCAUCAACUGAUGACAAUGCCUCAGAAUGUGAGAUAUACCUUGCAUGCGACGAACUCGGAGGUAUGGAUGAGGACUAUUCAAGCUUCAGUAGCAUUCCGGCACCACCUCCACUUCCAGUAGAAUUUGAAGAAGCAAAUCUCAUUUCUAUGGCCGAAUGUUGUAUGGAGGAGGAGCUGUCAAUGGACGAGGCUAUGCCUAUGGUGUUGGAUGUCGGCUUUGAUACAGUCAAGGCUGGUAUGGCAGGGGAGGAUGCUCCCAGCAGUGUCUUUCCAACAUUGGUCGGUCGACCCAGGCACCAGGGAGUCAUGGUUGGUAUGGGGCAGAAGGACUCGUACGUUGGCGAUGAGGCUAAGUCCAAACGAGGAAUUCUCACCAUGGCUAGCCCGUUUGCCUUGCCACCAAAACCAGCAAUGCCGGAAUCACAGAUCAGCGCUGCCAACAAAGCAACACCAGCAUCUCGACGGCAGGUGCCGCAGCAGCAGCAACAGCCUCAACAACAGUAUGCUGGAUUUUCUUUUGGUGGUCCCCCAGUACUGAGCAAUUCUUAUGAAAUUGAAUCGUUGGAGCUGAAAAGUGAUGAUUUGGCUAGAUCAGCAUCUACUUUUGGUAAACGUGCUGCUGGGAAGAGCGCUGCUGCUGCGACGUUGGCAGGUGCAAUUAGUGCAGUGGAGGGAGGUGGAUUGUUUGGAUCAGCUGCACCUGCAUCAGCUAGUGCACUGGGGGGAGGUGGAUUGUUUGGAUCAGCUGCACCAGCAUCAGCUAGUGCACUGGGGGGAGGUGGAUUGUUUGGAUCAGCUGCACCAGCAUCCCUUCGCAAUUCUGUCAUCACUAGAGGAGGAGGAAGAGGAGGAGGAGGAGGAGGAUUCGGGUUUGGUGCCCACCCACCACCACCACCACCACCAGCACCACGAGCAUAUGGCGCACCACCACCACCAGGUGGUCCACCACCAGCAGCACCACCAGCAUUUGGUGCACCAGCGCCACCACCGCCACCAGCAGCAGCAGCAUUUGGUGCACCUCCACCACCCCCGCCACCAGCGCCACCAGCAGGAGCAGCACUUGGUGCACCACUAGCAGCACUGGAAGAGGCGAAUAGAUCGUCCGAGCGCACACGCAUGUCCAUGGCACCAACAAUGCCACUGCGUGCAUCAGCAUCACGAAGUGCAUCAGCAUCACGAAGUGCACGGACACCGCCAGCACCACCAGCAAGAGGAAUGCCAGCACCAAUAGCGCGAUCACGAAGUGCACGGACACCGCCAGCACCACCAGCAGGAGGAAUGCCAGCACCAAUAGCGCGAUCAAGAAUGCGACGAGUUUCGAUGGAGGUAGCCGAAGAGGUAGUUGCCCAGCCACAACUGCUUGGUAUGGCGCAACAGCCUGUGGCAAAAGCAAUGGCCCCCGCUCGCAAAGCAAAGGCGUCUCUCAAAGUGGCAGUGACAGAGAGACGGAAAGAGGAAGACAUCCAGUUGCCUCCGUGGCAGACGGAGUUGCAAGGAAGGCCUGCGUUGCAACGAAAGUCUGUUGCCGCAGCGCAAGAAACGUGGUCAUCGAGCGAGCUGGGUUGGCGCAGCAAAGCUGUGGAGAAGGAGAAAGCCCCUGUGGAAGCGGAGAGUGCAGUGUUUGCUUUACUAAGCCGCCGUAGAAUGGCCUGUGACGACGACGAGGAUGGUGAUGAUUUCGAUGAUGAUGACGACUCAGAUGAUGAUAUGGGGUAUGGUCUUUUCGACGGGGAUUGUCUUCAGCCUGCGGUUGCGAAAACACGAGCAGCACAAGCACCAGCAGUACCGCCAGCACUACCACCACGACGAGCAUGUUCAAUGGCAGCAAUGCCGAUGGAAGUGUCCAAGAAGAAGAAGGCGGCACCAUCAUCAGGGGAUUCGCGCUCCUCUCUUUUGGAAUCGAUAAAGAAAGGAAAACGUCUGCAGAAGGCAGCAGUAGAAGAGGAUACACCAGCCGACUUUUACACCUUUCAGAACCAAAGCCAGGCGGCACAGCAACCUAUAGCAUUAACAGGAGCCAGGGAUCUGAAGGCAACAAACAGCGGAAGUGGACGUGCCUCUCUUCUGUCUUCAUUGAAAUCGUCCAUGCUCCGUAAAAAGAAGGAUAUUGAAGCGUCACCGCCAACUGGGUUCUUUGUGAUGGAUGAGAGUAAUGAUGAAUCGGAAGAGGAAAAAGAGGAGAAGCAUGGACUGGCCAGUGUGCGAGUAGUGUCUCUCAGCGGCAUCUUUGCACUACAGCAGACGGAUGGUAACUGGUCUUUCAAGUCUGGUGAGCUUGAUGCUGUGUUGGGAAUAAGCAGCAAGUCACUGAUAGCCAUACUGCAUCAAGCUGGUGUCAGGUCUCUUGGUCACAAGGCAUACGAGGACAUCUGCAACCUGUUUGCCACCAUUCUGGUCCUGCUGGCCCUGAAGCAGCACCUGCCCGCCAAGUUCCCCAUUGCGGAGAACUUCCGAGGUGGCGACGACAUCACAGCAGAGUGGCGCGCUCACACACAGCUAGCCAUGCAGUUUGUGUGCAAGAAGGCGCCGUCGCAUGGCAACGUUCGCCUGGGCUUGGGAAGCACGUGGCCAGCUGCUAUCGAUCGCAUGCUGUGUUUGUGUGAAGUGUAAGGCUGGCAGAAUUUUAAAAGUUGAAAACAUGGAAGCAGUGGGGAACACGUUUUCAAUUUUUAAAUGCUUCCUUGGCUGACCAUCUGAGUUUUGACAAGAUUACCUUUCCUUUUUUCUCCGUUUGCUUAUCAUAGCAUUGUCGUAUUCAUCGCGUGCUGGAUUGUCAUAUUCAUUGCCUUCUGCAUUGUCAUAUUCAUCGGCUAUUUCUUUCUCCUCCCUUCAGACAUUGACCUGUUCACUGCCGCUACAGAACAAAAGUGCAGACGGCCGACCGCCUUUUGAUCAUUGGUGCCUCUAUGUUUGUGUACGUUGCAGGAAAGCGUUUACUUCGAGCUCCGCACAAUGACCCUUACUGUUUAGUUUUAGUGAUCUAUCGGAAUGAAAUCAUGAUCUUGUUUUUAUCUAGCUUCCCAAUUGCUGAAUUCAUAUUUUUUACUCUGCUUCUCUCUGUAUUGCGCCGUUACGUUUUCAUGACCUAUUUUCACAGCGCUCAGCGGUUUGCAAUUACUUUCACAGCAUUUGAUAUAGCAGCUCCAUCGUUAUACUUUAUAGCAGUCUCCGGUCGCUCUUUAGGAAGCUCUAGUGUAGCGAACCGGUAUUACCACAUGCGACUGCUGCCACCGUGUACGAGUCGUACUUCCUCCUCUCUUUUUUUAAUCAAGAAGUCACCAAUUUCUUUUUUCUACCUUCUCCAUUGGCUUUUUUACUCAAACUAGUAACUUGUGUAUGCGCUUCAGAAUGUACUUUUAAAAGCAUUUGCUCUUCUGAGCUACUUUUUCUUCAAAGAUUUAAGUAGGUAUUGUACAUGUAUUUCGAAUGAUGACGUACAUGUAUGUUGCAUAUCCCACCUCAGCUCA